UCCUAACAAGAUACCAUGUGGACGCGAACCCAAAUUAAACAGAGCAUCAGCCCCUGAAACGGCGAGAGAGCUGGUUCGGCGGCAGUUCUGUCACAGGCAACGAUCUCCCUCCCCGCUCUCGUCCUCUUGCUGUCCCAGGUUUGGCGUCCUUCUCUUCUUGAUCCUUGGGCUACCGGUGCCAAUUCGACGGCUCCACUUUGCAUGAACCGUUCAUCCACAGUUGAGCCGUUGGACUGUUGUUCCGCCCAUCGCAAUCACUGUCACAAUGCGUCUAGCUGCAUCUACCGAGUACAUCCUUAGUGCCUCUCAUUCUUCAGACCUCUCCCCUCCGCGUUAUCUUCCUCUCAGCUCUCUGGUUCUUUUUACUGUGUUUCAGAAAUGGUGUUGCUUCUUUUGCAUUCCCUCUUAACUGUCAAUGGUUGCUUCGCCCAGCAUUGUUGUUUCUCCCCGUCCAUGGCUCUUCUCAUCAUCAGCCAAAGACUGAAUUGCCGAUAACGUAAUGAGGGGAUGCCUCACCUGUCGCCAACGCCACCUUAAAUGUGAUAAGACUGGGACCGAGUGUCUGCGCUGCCAGCGAUCUGGACGACAGUGUAUUCCCGCGCCAGCCAGGCCGGAGGAGAUCACAUUCCGUCACGGCCAGAAUCCAUCUAUGCGAUCUAGAGGACCGCCUCGCUACGGAGAAACAGAUCUAACUUUUCCGGAUGACCAGGAAUGGGUCGGCUUGCCGUCUGAAUUGUUCUUCGAGGACGAGACAGAACAGAUAGCCUCCGAGUACUACGUCGUUUCUACUGAGCCGUCUCCGACUGCCCCGAGAGGAGCUCACCGGGAUCGGUUUACUAAUACUUCAACUUCUACCCUACCGUCCAUUGCGUCCCCAACCCAGGCGAUCGCCCCAGUCAAUCCCAGACCGUCAAGCAACAUCCAUUCGCGCGCAUACUCAAUGGACUCGCUCAUAUCACCAAGGUCGCCUCGCGAAUACCCAAGCUUGGCCGACUUCAACGAAGCUUUCCUUCUGCGACAUUUCCAGAAGACACUAGGCCCUUGGCUUGACUCCUGCGACUACGAAAGACAAUUCUCGAUAGAUGUGGUCGAGCGUGCACCCUCAUACCCUCUGUUGCUCUACGCUUGUUUGGCCACCGCGGCGCGCCACCUUUCCCACACCACGAACCUCGUCCCUCCGAAUACCGCGGAUGAAUAUCAUGAAAAAUGCAUUGCUAUACUUCUCCCCGGUCUGGGAAACUGGGAGUCAAAGAUAGGACUCGAGAUUCUUCUAGCAUCCACAGUGAUACUGCGCUUCUUUGAGCAGCUGUCGUCGCACGCUCCAUCAAACGACUCACAACGCCAUCUCCUCGCCGGGUCAGUGUACAUAAGCUCUCAAGUCGACUGCGCUGUGUCCGGGGGUCUCGCAGAGGCAGCAUUCUGGGUUUUUGUGAUGCAGGAUAUUCAAUUCGGGCUGACAUCCCAGAAGCCUCUGCGUCUAACGCUCAGCCCAUUCGGCGAAAGACUGCAACUCUUAUGGAGUCACCGCACAAAUCAAACGGACCGCGACUGGGCACAUCAAGCCGUGUGGCUUCUAGCGGAGACUAUAAACCACUGCUACGGUGUCCACGACCCUAAUAUGCGUUCUGCGAAUGGAAGACUCUUGAAGCAAAAGAUUGAGAUGUGGGAGACUCGCAAACCAGAUGGCUUUCGGCCCUUGCACUUUUCGCUUGCCGACUCGAGGAUAGGCAGGCCGUAUCCUGUCAUUUGGUAUACCAAGUCGUUAUACGCUACCGCAAUGCAGCAUAUAUGCAUGGCAAAGGUCCUGAUACAAGAGCAGGAACUGCGGGAUCCGCAUGCGGGCCAUGAUCCUAGUCACACUCAGGACACCGAUAGAAUGGAGGACUACAUAACACAAAACCUAAGCACUCUGUUCGGCAUCGCCCUCUCAAGCGACGGCGACGCCUCUGCCCGCGUCAUGGCAUGCCACGCACUAUCUGCCUGUGGAUAUUGGGUCCGCGAACCCCUCGCACAACGAGUUCUUCUAGACCUGCUUCGCAAGACAGAAGCGGAGAAUGGAUGGCCGUGGGGCUUUGUAGCUCAGAGGCUUAGUCGGGAGUGGCACCUUACUGCAACCUGA